GAUAAGAGGCGGAUGAACCUGACUUCUGUGAAGAGGGUGGAUCCGUACACCUCGGAGCUCAUCGAUACGGCGUCUCACGUCGCUUUAUACGUCUUCGUCAACAAUCAAUGGGAGAAGACAGAUAUAGAAGGAGCUCUCUUCAUCUAUGAAAGAGACGGGGCUCCUUUCCACAAUUUUGUAAUCAUCAAUCGCCUAAACACGACAAAUAAGAUUGAACCUGUGACCAAGGACCUUGAGUGUCAAACUCAGUCACCCUUUCUCCUCUACAAAAACAGUCAAGGGCAAAUCUAUGGGAUUUGGUUCUGGGAAGUAAGCGAGUGCGAGAGAAUCGGUCGUCUUCUGGCCCAGAUCUUGCAGAAUCUGAACAAAAACUCUAUGGAUGGGAAGAAACAAUUUGUGGUGGGAGGAGGUGGAGGCGAGAAGCAGCCGACCGGUCGAUUGGUUCGGCCCCAGCCAGUUCAUGUUGGGAUGGGGAAGGCAAGUCCUGGAUCUGGGACAACUCUAACUGUGGAGGACUUCUUUGCCAAGGCUUCUGGAGCAACUGUCCCCCAUAUUCCCAAGCCUGCCAUUAGUCCAGCUGCUUCUCAUACUCCAAAUGUGAAGGUCCCGAUACGCAGCCCAGGAGGAGGAGAGGUGCUCCAGAGGGUUCUGUCGAACCCGGCUCAUUGCGUCGAGCACAUCGAGAGGCUCCAGAGAAACGAGCCUCCCGCGGCCGCUGGCUUGGAAAAGGACCUGAGAGACUCGCUCCACCUGGAACCACCUCCUGCCAAGGCAAAGAAUGAAGUAGUCUCCCUACAGGAACUCUUUGACACUGUCCCUAAGGACACCCUCACUCCUCCUCCCCCUACCCCGUUAUCUGCUGCUAAAGAGGAAGAUCUUAUGGAGUUUGGCACGUGCACGUCUCCCGUCGUGAGGAGCUCGGAAGUGACCACGCCCACGCAGCGCAGUUCCAACGUGGUUCUCAUGUCUCCCAUGAUGUUCACCUCAUCCAAGGACUCCAAGGACAUUCCCCAACCGCCCAGCGGAAACGGGAAUGCAUCCUCGGUGCAGUCGUCCUCUGGCGAAUGGAACGGCUGGGGAGAUUCGGACGUCACCCCGCUGACCAAAAAUCAGUUGCUCCAGGCAUUAGAAUACCUCUUGAAGAACGACGUCGACUUCGUCGCGAAGCUGCACGAGGCUUAUGUGAAGAGCCUGAACGCACGAACUCUCCAGAAAUUGUGACGUCGGUGAACCGCAGCAGCCCGAGCGCACUGUGAUGAUGGGAUUCCGGAGUGGACUUUGACUGAUGGUUCUGUUUUGCCGGCCAGACCGAAAGAAAGACUCGUUGCAUUUGGUCCUUCUCGUUUCCUCAUUUCGAGUUUGUCGCAUCGCCACGAAGUGAAUCUCGCCCGAAAGGUGUCGCGUGGGACCGAAUUCGGGGUCGUGCUUUUUGCUGCUGGACAGUACGUCGAGGCGAGUUUCUUUUUUUUUUUUGUCCCUUUUGUUUUGUAUCCCGUGAUGUUUUGCAGCUGCGGUUGCCGUUCUCCGACCCUCGAACGACUCUGUUGCGGCCGGUAACGGUCGGUGACACUCGGAUUGCAUUUCCGGGAGAAGCGCCCGAACGGCCUUCACUUUUCUCUCUUUUCGACUUCUGUGACUUCGAAGCGUCCUCUGGCGGAUCGGAAGGUGGUGGAAUCCUGUGAUGUAGAAUAAAAGUCCUAUCCCCGG